GUUAGAUCUAGAUAAGUUUUUAUACCAGCGUUUCUGCGCUGUCAAAAAUCAUAACACCGAUAACGGUGUAGCCUAUCAUAAAACAACCAAAUAGACGAGAGCAGGUCUCUUUUACAAACGAACUGCCUACGAGUAAAGUUGGGGUUAAAACAUACCGAAAACCUUUAAAGUGUUCGCUCCGCGCUAAGUCCGCUUUAUCAAUUCCGCCUUGUGAUAUAUAGUUUAGUGGCGACGAGGAAAAAGGUGCGCGUGUGAAGAAAAAAAAACGUUCCGCGAGUGUAGUGAGAAUAAAAGCAAUAGAAAGUUGCUGCAGGCAUUCACAGGACGCUUGGCUGGACGCCAUCUUCGACGCUCCCGGACGAGGGAAAAUCACCCCAGGAUUCAUCGCAGAUUGGACCGUCGGUACGCAACUGCCGGCAAAGGAAUUGCUUUUUGCCAGUGGAUUCGCUGGAGCGGCAGGAUUUUCGUGGCUGAUUGGCUGACGAGGAAAACGUGGUACUGCUGAUUGCUGGUGCUGAAAGUAAGCUGGGUCGCUAUUGUUGGCGCCGUUGAAAAGUUUUAUUGAAUUUUCUUUGUGAUAAUUUUUGUGCAAAUUCAAAAUGGCGCAGAUGAAUAUGGCAGCCAUGAUUGAACCAUAUCGCAGGGGUUCUUCUUUCGCUAACUGGGUUGAACGAUUGGGAUACUUUUUUGACAUGAACAAUGUGAAAGAGCACGCAAAAAAAGCUCAUUUUAUUACCUUGAGUGGGCCAAUUGUAUUUUCCGAAUUGAAGCUGCUGUUUCCCACGACUAAUUUGUCGGAUGUAUCCUAUGAGACAAUGAUUGAUAAACUUAAAUCUCGCUUUGAUAAGACGGAAUCUGAACUGAUUCAAAGGUACAAGUUUAAUAAUAGAAAGCAAAACCCGGGAGAAUCUGCUGAAGAUUUUGUUCUGGCAGUAAAGCUCCAGGCAGAAUUCUGUAAUUUUGGGACCUUUAAAGAGGCAGCAUCCCGAGAGCGUAUUGUAGCUGGGUUACGGGAUGUACAAUUGCAAAAAACAUUACUAAAUGAGUCAAAAUUGACAUUAGAUUCCGCUGAAAAAAUAAUAGCGACUUGGGAAUUAGCUGGGAAUAAUGCGAAAACUCUGGGUAUUGGUGCUGGUGAUGAACAAAUUGCUGCACUAAAGCAAUCGGAAAGCAGGAAAUGUGGGUCUGCUUUAGAAAAACUUGCUGUUACAUAUGACAGAGCUAGAAAUCUGAACCAGAGCCCUCAAGCAGGGGGAAGCAGAGGUUCCAUAAAAAGCCGUUUAGGGUACAAGCCCUAUAAUACCCAUAGUCAUGCUGGGCCGAGAGAAGGCAGAUAUUGGGAAAAGCAUGUGCGAUUCCAACCAGCUGACUAUAGAAGAAGUCGAGAUGAGCAGCGGUAUGAAACCCGUUCUUGCGAUUUUUGUGGAAAAAGAGGACAUCUUAAGCGCAAAUGUUUUAAAUUAAAAAGUCUUAGGAAAGAUGCAGUAAACUCUGUGAUUUCAGCGGGGCCAGAAGUGAACAGCCUGGGUGAUCUUUUUCACAGGAUGAGGACGGAGACAGACAGCGACGACGAGAAGGACUUUUCAGGUGAACUUCAAUGCAUGCAUGUUUCUUCUAUUAACAAUAUUAGCAAUCCUUGUUUAAUUGAAAUGGAAGUGGAAGGUAAACCACUGACAAUGGAAGUAGAUUGUGGGUCUUCCGUUACAGUUAUAGGGAAAGAACAAUAUUUGUCGUCUUUUAGUAUUCCCUUAUUAAAUUCUUCCAAACAGUUGAUUGUUGUCAAUGGGGCCAAGCUGAAGAUUGAGGGUGAAGCAAAUGUUAAAGUUAAAUUGAGGGAAAAAGAAGCAAUUUUAAAGCUGUUAGUACUAAAUUGUACUAAUGCGUUCAUUCCUUUGCUCGGACGCCCAUGGUUGGAUGUGUUUUUCCCAGACUGGAGGCAGUUUUUCUCGAGUAAAUUUUCAAUUAAUAAUGUUUUUUUCUGAUGACGAACGCAAAGGAAUGAUAGUUCAAGAGGUCAAAAAGAAGUUCGCCAAUGUUUUUAAGAAAGAUUUUACUACUCCGAUUAUCGGUUAUGAAGCCGAUUUGAUUUUGAAAGAGGGUAUUCCUAUUUUUAAAAAGACUUAUGACGUUCCUUAUAGAUUAAGGGAAAAAGUUUUAAAUUAUCUUGACAAAUUGGAGAAAGAAAAGGUUAUUACUCCAGUGAAAACAAGUGAAUGGGCCUCUCCUAUAGUAAUUGUAAUAAAAAAAAAUAAUGAUAUAAGGCUAGUUAUUGAUUGCAAAGUCUCAAUCAAUAAAUGUAUCAUUCCGAAUACUUAUCCAUUACCGGUCGCACAAGAUUUAUUCGCUAGUUUAUCAGGUUGCAAAAUAUUUUGCGCUUUAGAUCUAGAAGGAGCUUAUACACAAUUAUCGUUGUCAACAAGGUCUAGAAAGUUUAUGGUCAUUAACACCAUUAAAGGGUUAUAUACUUACAAUAGAUUACCCCAAGGAGCUUCUUCUAGUGCAGCUAUAUUUCAGCAGGUAAUGGAUCAAGUUUUAGAAGGAAUAGAUAAUGUGUUUUGCUAUUUGGAUGAUGUUUUGAUUGCUGUAACUGAUAUGAAUGACUGUAUCAGGAAACUUCAUUUGGUUUUGGAAAGAUUAGAAAAAGCAAACAUUAAAGUAAACAUAGACAAAUGCAAAUUUUUUGUAACAGAACUAAAUUAUCUUGGACACUUAAUCAGUGAGAAGGGUCUUUCGCCAUGCCCGGACAAAGUUUUGACAAUUCAGAAUGCUAAAAUACCUACAAAUGUUACAGAACUUAAAUCAUUUUUAGGGUUGAUAAAUUAUUAUAACAAAUUCAUUCCACAUUUGUCUUCUAAGUUGUAUUACUUGUACAAUCUUUUGAAAGAUGGAGUACAGUUUAUGUGGGAUGAUAACUGUGACAAAGCUUUCAUAGAAAGUAAAAAGGCUCUUUUGGCGACAGAUUUCUUGGAGUUCUAUGACCCAAGAAAACCCUUGAUUGUUGUGUCUGAUGCUUCUGGUUACGGUUUAGGUGGCGUAAUUGCUCAUACAGUGGAAGGUGUGGAAAAACCCAUUUGCUUUACAUCUUUUUCUUUAAACAAUGCUCAAAAAUCAUACCCUAUUCUUCAUUUAGAAGCUUUAGCUUUAGUGUGCACAAUCAAAAAGUUUCACAAAUAUCUAUAUGGACAAAAAUUUAGUGUAUUUACUGAUCACAAACCACUAGUAGGGAUUUUCGGAAAGGAAGGGAAAAAUGCAAUUUUUGUAACAAGACUUCAACGCUAUAUUUUGGAGUUAUCUAUUUAUGAAUUUGAUAUACAGUAUAGGCCUUCUGCAAA